AAAUUGAAGAGGACGAAGACCACCUUCUAGAUGCUCGCUCCAAUUCAAUGUGAAAACUCUCUCUCUACACAUGUAUCGAAUUUCCAAUGGUUGAGCGCAGGACGCCAUUCACGACCGCCACGCUUUACGGUCACACCUAUUAUUUUAAUUCAGUCAAUUCGAUGCCAGUACCAACGGACUCGACCUUUCACUCGUUUCAGCAGUCUUCCAAGUUUUCAGAUUCUGCAUUCAUCAAAAUGGCCUCAGGGAGCAGCAAAGCCGCAAAGAAGUUAAUCCGAAUUGAUGUCAGUUUUGACAGCGUGUGUGAUUGGUGCUUUCUUGGGAAAAGAAAUCUCGAGAAAGCAAUAGCUUCAUCGAGCGAUAAAUACACUUUUGAGGUCAAAUGGCAUCCCUAUUUUCUUUUGCCUACAGCCCCAAAGGAAGGUGUUCCUAAGAAUGAACUUAUGAUGAAACUUGUAGGACCUCGAGGUAUUCAGAUGCAAGCUCGGAUGUCAGAGCUUUUCAAAAGUUACGGAAUGCCUCACGACACAACUGGACUUACGGGAAAUACCAUGGAUAGCCAUAGAUUAGUGUACUUUGCCGGAAAACAGGGGCUCGAUAGGCAGAAUGAACUCAUUGAAGAGUUAUUUGUUGGCUACUUCACACAAGGAAAGUACAUCGGCGACAGGGAAUUCCUUGUGGAGUCUGCUAAAAAGGCUGGCGUUGAAGGGGCUGCCGAGUUUCUUGAAAAUCCAAACAAUGGUGUCAAGGAGGUUAAUGAGGAGAUCAAGAAAUACUCGGGACAUAUCAAUGGAGUUCCAUACUAUGUGAUAAAUGGGAAGCAUUCGUUGAAUGGAUGCCAACCAGCAGAGACAUUUCUAAGUGCUUUUGAAGCUGCUGCUAAGUGAGUAUUAUUAAAUAAUAAUAAUAAUAAUAAUAAUAAUCGAUAAUAUAUAGUACUAAUACAUACUCCUACUUAAAUAAAGAUGUCUGGCUAUAUUCACUGCGUUUACAUUUCUUCUCCUUGUAAGAUUAAUAUAUAUAUAUAUAUAUAUUCAUUACACCAAAAUCAUUUGUUUUUGCAUUCUUUUUUUAUCUACGACUACGAGUUGCUUGGAUUAUAAAUUCACUGCUGCUGCAUUUUAUAUAUCUAUAUUUAUAUAUAUAUAUAAAUAUAGAUAUAUAAAGAGUAUGGAUCAACUGUUGAUCUGAUGAAGUCA